UAGCCGGUUCAGUCGAUGCAGUUUUUUGUACAAGUAUUUGCGGUCCUUUCAGUAGUAUCGUGUGAAUAGCCGGCUUUCGUAGAAUUGUAUUACUUUCCGCUUUACUCUUCAGAAGUAACCAUUGUUGGUAAUUAUUGUAAUAAUAUUAUUUUUUCUUCUAACAUUAUAAUUUUUAUUAAAGUUACGCAAGAAUCUUUUGAACAUCUGUGACAUUUUAUUUCAGUUUAUCUUUUUAAUUAUCUUUUAUUUUUAGAUUCUUUGAUUGAACAAAAAUGAUAAUUUUUCUAGUCUAGCACCAUUAUACUUUUAUAGUAUUUAUACCGGAAAUUUCCGUUUAUUUUAUUUAAAAAAAUCUAGCAACAUUAAAAUAUAAUCGCAAAUAAUAUGCAAUGGAGAAUUGGAAUUCAAGAAUCUCGCUGAAUAGAGACGAAGAAAUUAGCGGAGCAAAGAGAAAAAGACCUUAAUGGAACAUGUAUAACAUUAUACGGACUAUUCAGUACUCAUCUUCGUAAAAAAUAUCGUUUUUCAUCACAAGUACGUAUCACAUAAAUAUUAUCUUUACAGGAUUAUCUUCAAGCAAUCUUAUAUUACACAAAAAUGCGUUUAUUAGCAUUAAAAAAGAUAUUAACGUUGUCCGUAUAUAGUACCCAAUUCUACUUUCCAGUUGAUACAUUAUAAACAUAUGGCUCGUUAAAGAAAUCGAACUUUCUUUCACCGCAACUACGCUAGUCCUACAUGCGUGGGCGUAAAGGCCCGGUUUUACGUGAUUUCGUAACAGCGACAGACCGAUUUCCAGUAUCAAAAAGCAUUUCAUGAAGAUCCCGCAGACCUUCGGAGUCUUGUUCCCUCCUUAUCCUCUCUCCGUCUUCCAGAACGCCUUGUAUAAACAGACGAAGCAUGGUCGCACGUGAAUAUCGCUUGUGAAAUUGCUAGUGGUUAUGCUAAACAGCUAAGAAUGACAAACAAACUACUUUAAAGAUGUACAAUAAAUCCAAUACUAUAGAACAUUGAAUAAAGAAGGUCUAGAUUUGGUAAGCCAGAAUAUCAUAUUCAUAAAUCUAAUCAUUAAUAUUAUAUUUUUCUUUCUGCAUUCCUACUUCUUCUUGAGCCUGUAUCCUAUUAAAUCAACACAGAGAAUAAAUCAUAAAUUGUAAAAUCAUAGAAGAUUUCGCUUGCCGCGUGUUCUUCGAGUAUGCGCGCCGGAUUCGAAAAUGCCGCGACACGCUGUCUUCGAUUUUGCUUUGUGAGUGAUCUCGGUAUCAGGCCCCUAGUCUGAGUAUCCAGUGGACGAGAAAGACAAGGUUGACGGGCAACGUCAAAGAAGCGGGCAACCUGUAACAGUGACGAUUCGACGAUACCUGUCCUGGACUAUGAGAACGAGGCGGAUAGCUACGGGAGCAACAGCGGCAGCGGUGCAAGUGGGCGUAAGGGCCGGGAGAGAGAACGUCGUCCCGUGUUCCAUACAUGGCUAUGCUAUGUGGAAACCGAGAGACACAGAGAAACGGACGCACCGGCGGAGUCCCCACCGUGUGGACACGGCGGAGGCGACGUUUUCUCGGCACGAGUGCCCACCGCAUGUUUCGUGCACAGUGUGUGCUAGCACGACGUCGUUGUAUGAUCGUUCUUCUUUUUCGUUUACGACAAUACUAUUGAUCGUUUAAUUCGAGAUCUCUUUGUAAGAGACGAUACGGCGUAAGUACGUUGGUAUAAUUACAAAAGGGCUAAACGCGAAACUUCGAACCAGCCCGCAUCAGAAGAUGCACUCGCGAACACGUCACUGGCGUGGGUGUUGCCGUUCCUUUCGUCUAUUUUGAAUAAAAAAGUGGCAGACAGCGUGGUCCAGAGCAGAGACAGUUUCGAAGUUGAAGCGGGUCCGCGCCUAUGGCCGAGUGACAGCUCUCUCAGUUUGGCGAGCGUGCGAUUGGUCCGCCUGUGCUUACUCUCGGCGUUACGUGUGUUGCCUGCGUGCAACAGGCAACGUGGGUUGGAUGCGUGAGUGCGCCUGCGUGAGUGCUACGACGUACCAGCCGCGUGUGCGUGUGCCGCGCGCGAAGAGAAGCCGCAGGGGCCGCAAAACCCGGAUCAAAGGGACACAUAUUGCCAUAGAAUGCUGUGGACGUCUCGAUGCUCCCUAAUCUUAUUGUUAACAACGAUAGCGUCUUGCAUGGACGCAACGAUAGAUGGUUUCUUGGAAGAUGAAACGACCACCAACGCAAUCUCUACGACCACCUCGGCACCAGUGGACACAACCAUAUCUAGUUUAAAUAAAGUCGAGAAGGCGAUGGUUAAUUCGUCAAAUGCGGUAAAAAGCCAGGAUGAAGAAAAUAUUCAAGACCCGUCCCACGCAUCCUCCUCGCCUUCUUCUGACAUGGUUUGGGAGUGUCCAAAUAUUACAAAAGCGGGCGUUGAGUGUUCUUGCGACUUACCACACACGUUGAGAUGCACCGGUGAUAGAACAACACUGCAGAUUAUCAGCAAACAUUUGAGAUUCAGUCGUCCAGGAACGAUCUCCUUAUUGGAUGUAACAGUGACAGGAAUCUCUUUGCUACCAGCGCGCUUUCUGGAAGAUGUUGCUUUGCACGGACUCGUUGUUUCUACUGGAGAAUUGAGACGCGUCCAUGAAAACGCUUUUAUUGGUCUUGUAACACCUCUUCAAGCCCUUGGACUUCCGAACAAUUUAUUAGAUUCUGUACCUACUACGGCUUUGUCGCAUUUGGUCGGCUUGGAAAGGUUGGAUCUAUCUCAGAAUAAACUAAAGAUGCUAGAAGCUGAGUCUUUUAAGGGAUUGUCAAACCUGACAUAUUUAGAUCUAUGCGACAAUUUAUUGUCACAAUUAUCGCCUCAAGCUUUCGCUGCAGUACCUUUGCUACGCUCAUUGAGGAUGCGUGGUAAUCGUUUAAGCGUAUCUGCUCUCUCGGCACUUAGAGGGCUUAAAAGUUUGGAGGAGCUUGAUCUGUCUAACAAUCUAUUAUUGGGUCCAAUGGGUCCAAAUCUUCUUCCUCAAAUGCCACGAUUACAUUUUCUUACCGUAUCCGAAAACGAACUAAUAAAUGUACAGCAAGGAGCCCUUGGGGGUUUAAGGAAUUUAACUUAUCUGAGCUUAAGCCAUAAUCAGAUUGAUGUACUGGAAGAUCAUUCGUUUAAAUAUUUGUCGACUCUUACCAGACUGGAUUUAGCAAAUAAUCGAAUCGUUGCGGUAUCCAGUGCUUCUUUGGCACACUUGGAAAGACUAACAACACUGGAUUUGACUCAUAAUUUUCUGCGAUCUCUGACUGCUGACCUAGUCGUACCGCUAAAAAGUCUUCAAGAUCUACGUCUCGAUGAUAAUGAUAUCACAAUGGUGGCCAGCGAUGUACCAACGUCCAAAUUACGACUCACAAAACUUUCUUUGGCCGAUAAUCCUUUGAAUUGUGACUGUACGCUUUUAGAAUUCGCCAACUGGUUAAGCAACUCCAGCUUGAACGAGGAAGAUAAAUCUUCGGCGGUCUGCGCAACUCCACCCGCAUUGGAAAAUGGUAUACUGACACAAGUCUCUCCCGGUAGUCUCCUUUGUGGAGAGCCGACACCACCAAUCAUGACCAGACUACCUUUAGCUGGUGCUCAAUUAACAUUGAAAGAAUUUCACUAUGAUAAAUCAACUGGUAUCAAUCUCUUAUGGCAUGUGGAACCAUGCGCAGAACAGUAUACAUGUGAUAAUUUAAUUGUCUAUGAAACUAUAGGUGACAGUGAAGUUCAAACAGAUUCUAGUUCUCUUCAUUGCGAUUCUCGUAUGAUGAGAGAUCCUUGUUCACUCCCGGUUGCCAUACCUGCCUCAUUACAUUUACAACCAGGCCAUAAAUAUCGCUAUUGUGUAGUACUUCUAGUACCAAAUAGUUAUGAUGAUGUUUCUUUAGGUUUGGGUUGCAGUGAUGUGAUUACAUUAGAAGAAUCUAAACGAGAGUUACAGCAAGACCAAGAAACUACAGUAUCAGAGUUUUCUUCGUCAUUAGAUACUAGAAUAACUGCAGUACAUGUAAACGUAUCUGAUCAAGGCUUCUUGCACGUCGAUGUUAGUUUAUCAAUCUCAAAAAAAUCGAAUCUGCCUGAAUGCGAACUCUCUGUUAUCGUUUUUGACGCUGAAUCUGCGGUGCAUAAACAAAAACUGAAUUGCAGUUUAACGUUUGUAACAUUAGGGGUAUUGUUGCCUGGUCACUAUAAAGUUUGCGCAAGUCUUGAUGAUGUCAAUGAAGAAGAUGUUAUUGCAAACUUUGUAGAUAACCAAGAUAGAUUACGCUGCGUCGAAGUGCAAGGGUUCAAACAAAAUACAGAGCUAAUUGUUCUAGCGAUAAUCGGAGCUAGUUGCGUUCUUUUAAUCACAAUUGCAGUAAUUGGUAGAAGCGUUCUGAGAAGGGUAAGACAUCCUAGGAUACAGACACAAUGUUUCCUGCCAGCACAGGAAUUUGAAAUAACUCAUAAAGCACAUUACAUUAAAUUACUAGCCACAACAAAAGUUUAAUUCAUUUCCACCGAGUAUAUAAUUCCGUUUCUCAUUUUGUAAAUAAUUACAACUUAUUUGUUGUUGACUAUUUAAAAAUGUUGAAAUCGAAUUUUUUUGGUUGAAAUGAAGAAUGUUGUAUUUGAUCUUAUUGUAUAAGAUUGUUUCUAUGAGCUACUAGUCAUAAAAUCGAUAAUUUUAAAUAGAUUAAUAAAUAAUAAAUUGUAAGAAUUUUAAGGAUAAAUAAAAAUACAAUUAAAUAGAUCAGAAAAGUGGUAUGAACAGAUGAUUAUGGUAUAGUCUAAGAGUAUUUAAAACACCCAGUUUCUACACUGCCAUAAUAAUUUAUACUAGUUAAUAAUAUAUGAUCAAAAAGAAAUUGUAUGAAAUUAACAUCUUAAAUAAGGAAAUAUGAUAUAUAAUAACACAGUUAGUUCAUACAGUUUUCUAAUGUUUUUAUGGCUCGAUGCUUGCAUACAUAUAUAAAAAUGUAAAUAUCUUUUGUAAGUUUCAAGGAAUAAAUUUAUAACAUUUUUGUAUUGUACAGCAUUGUCACUGAAUGCUUUUCGUUGUAAUAUAUUAAUUUUAAAAUAUAUUACAUUCUGUAAAUAGUUUAGUAAAAUUAAAAUGUGCAAAAAUAAUGUGUGACUUCAUUGUAAAAUAUUACAUAACUAUUAUUAUCAAUUCCGUAAAAAGUUGAGUGAAUUUUGUAUGAAAUAAAUUUUAAUUUUACACGAGCCCAUAUUUUUACUUAUAUUUGCA